UGGGAGAUGGAAACUCCAUCACCACCUUCUCGACGGUGGAGAAGCCACGACUGUACCGUUCAUUUAUAGCCUACGUGGCACAAUCUCCCACCAUACAAAUAUUCCUGUACCUUUCAUUCACACUCUAUAAAGCGCUUUCUCAUUGACCUUUCUCAAAAACUCUUUUUCAUUGAGACCACGCCACCACUAAACCACUACAGCAACUAGGCCUACGCCUCAUCUCCCUCUCUACUCCUCAUUGACAACUCCCUCUCACUUUUUUCAUUGCAUCGUGGAAUGGGGAGAGCUCCAUGCUGUGAGAAAGUUGGCCUCAAGAAAGGAAGAUGGACGUCCGAGGAGGAUCAGAUUUUGAUCAAGUAUAUUCAGGUCAAUGGGGAAGGAUCCUGGAGAUCAUUACCCAAGAAUGCAGGUUUACUGAGGUGUGGGAAAAGUUGCAGACUCAGAUGGAUAAACUACUUGAGAGCUGACUUAAAGAGAGGGAAUAUUUCUUCUGAAGAGGAGGAUCUCAUUGUAAAGUUGCAUGCUUCUUUGGGUAACAGGUGGUCUUUGAUAGCUAGUCAUUUGCCAGGAAGAACCGACAAUGAGAUAAAGAACUAUUGGAAUUCUCACUUGAGCAGGAAAAUCCACACCUUCAGGAAGCCUAUCAAUAUCGGCAAUGAAUCUCUACCGUCGAUCGUGGAUUUAGCCAAGAUCAACGUUAACCCACCAACAAAGCGUAAAGGUGGUAGAACCAGUCGCUGGGCUAUGAAGAAGAACAAAAGCUACGUCCAAAAGGAACCUGUAAUUUCAUCAUCGACAGAGAUCAAUGUUGCUGAUCUUGAAAUCAAUGAAGUAGUUCCAUUGCCUCAAACCCCUGCCAUAGACAACGAGAGCUUGUCUGUUUCUAAUACGGACGAGUGCAUGGUUUGGAACCCAGAUUCAGAAGAUAAACACAAUCAUCAUCAUCAUAAUAAUAAUAAUAAAAAAGUACCUGAUGAGGAAGCUGGCGGAGGAGAAACUGAGAAUUCAUCAAUAUUGUGCCUCGACGUUGAGAAAGAGAAGAACAUUAACGAAAUUUCAGGACCAUAUGAUGAAGAACAAGGCAUUGAUGAUGGGAUGCUGUGUUUUAAUGACAUAAUGGACAGUGAGUUAUUGGAAGCAAAUGGGGUCUACAUGACUAUAAAUGAGGAGAAAGAGAGCAUUGAUGCGGUGGGGUUAAGUGAGGAGAGAGAAAGUAGGGUGACGUUUCAGAAUGACAAGAUGGGAAUGAGUGAUCAGGAGAUAGAGAGUAGUGGGAAUUUAAGCUCAUCCAAUGGUGGAGGAGGAAUAGGAGAAGUAGGAGACUGGUAUUCCUGCUCUUCGAUGAAUUCGGGUUUAGAUGAUCACGUAGGUCUUGAUUUUUGGGAUUGGGAAAGUGUAGUCCAAGAGCAGGACAUCGAUGAGAACGAGAAAAUGUUGUCGUGGUUGUGGGAAAGUGAUAGCUCAGAAACUCUUAAAUUUGGAGAUGUGGACUCUGAGAAACAGAGUGCUAUGGUUGCUUGGCUUCUUUCUUGAAAUCUCUCUCUCUCUCUCUCUCUCUCUCUCUCUCUCUCUCUCUCUCUCUCUCUCUUUAAUUUGGUUUGUAAAAAGUCGUAGUUCGAAAUUUGAGACUCUAGGCAGAUUUUUUUGUUUGUUUUUGAAUCCUUUUUUUUUUUUUUUUUAAUUUUAUUUUAUUGUUAGUUUGUGCCUACCAUUUGCGCUUGGUGAAAUAGUUAGUGCCUAGCUUCUAGAUUAUUUUAAUCAGCGAGAGAUAAAUAUGUUAGUAGUUAUUUAAUUGGUUGCUGUAAGUGAGCUAGCUAGCUUGGUAGAGAGCCUCCGAAUCCCAACUUAUUUCCAUUCCCUUGGUGUCGUUUUGGGCAAAUGUUAGACGGUCACGUGUAUGAAUGUAACUAGGAGUGUCGAAUAUUCUUUUUU